UGUGUGCGUGUGUCUGUGUGUGCGCGCGUGUGCCUCUGUCUCGGUGUCCCUGCCUCCGCCCGCGCGCGGGAGGAUCUGCCUCCCAAUGUCCCCGGGCUUGGGUGAUGUCAGUCGGGGAAGGAGGGCGCCGCGGGCAGCAGCCGGGCGGGCGGCCGGGGAAGACCCCCCUCCCGAACUGCGGGCCGGGCUCUGGGAGCAGGCAGGAGCCGCGGAGCCUGCCGCAGCCUGCGUGGGCGGCCGCGAGCGUGGCGAGGCACCGGAGCGGGAGCCGGAGCCGGAGCAGCAAGGGCAGGAUGGAGCUGUCCGCGGCUCUGCUGCCCCUCGCCUCCAAUGACAGCAACGCCUCCGAGCCCGGCGGCGGCAACCUCACUUCUGCCUUUUCACCGCCACGCCUGUGGCGAGUAUCCUAUGUCAACAUCAUCAUGCCUUCUGUGUUCGGUAUCAUCUGCUUACUGGGUAUCGUGGGGAACUCCAUGGUCAUCUUCACUGUGGUGAAGAAGUCCAAGUUCCAUGGGUGCAACAAUGUCCCCGACAUCUUCAUCAUCAACCUUUCUGUGGUAGACCUGCUCUUUCUCUUGGGCAUGCCCUUCAUGAUCCAUCAGCUGAUGGGCAAUGGGGUCUGGCAUUUUGGAGAAACCAUGUGCACCCUCAUCACCGCCAUGGACGCCAACAGCCAGUUCACCAGCACCUAUAUCCUCACGGCGAUGGCCAUUGAUCGCUACCUGGCCACGGUCCACCCCAUCUCCUCGACCAAGUUCAGGAAGCCCUCCGUGGCCACCUUGGUGAUCGGGCUCCUCUGGGCCCUUUCCUUCAUCAGCAUCACCCCGGUGUGGCUCUACGCCAGGCUCAUCCCCUUCCCCGGAGACACUGUUGGCUGCGGCAUUCGCCUGCCCAACCCAGAGACCGACCUGUACUGGUUCACCCUCUACCAGUUCUUCCUGGCCUUUGCCCUGCCCUUCGUGGUCAUCACGGUGGCCUAUGCGCGGAUUCUCCAGCGGAUGACCUCUUCGGUGGCCCCGGCUUCCCAGCGCAGCAUCCGGCUGCGGACCAAGAGGGUGACGCGCACGGCCAUCGCCAUCUGUCUAGUCUUCUUUGUCUGCUGGGCGCCCUACUACGUGCUGCAGCUGACCCAGCUCUCCAUCAGCCGCCCCACCCUGGCCUUCAUCUACCUCUACAACGCAGCCAUCAGUCUGGGCUACGCCAACAGUUGCCUCAACCCCUUUGUCUACAUCGUCCUCUGCGAGACCUUCCGCAAACGCCUGGUGCUCUCGGUCAAACCGGCCGCUGUGGGGCAGCUCCGGACGGUCAGCACUGCCCCCACCGUGGAGGAGAUGACCGAAACCAAAAGCACCUGAUGCUCCCACUGGGCUCCGGGGAGCACCGACCGGCUAACGGGGGCCGGCACAGGGGGAGGCUUGUGGGUAAAACUGAGCUCUGGGGAGACAGAGGCCUGACUAAGGACAGAAAGCACUGGGAUGACUAAGGAGAAAUACUCAGUUUAACCUCCUAGUCACAGUGUCUUGAGCUGCACAUAGACUGUUGGCUUUGUCACCCACCGUUCCCCCAAGGAGCAGCUCUAGAGCUUAAGAGCUGGAGGAGCAGGAGUCAGAGCAGGCUGGGGAAGCUCUGGGGAGGGGGCUGAGCCAAUGACCCCAGAGAUCUUCCUCAUUUCUCCUUUGCAUGAAAAACCGAACCAGUUUUUCUCCUAAGUCGGUGGGUGAAGGGAAACAGAGCAAGUCACUUUUUCCACUUUCUCAGCACCCCCACAUCAUCAAGCUCCUCUUCUUGGGAAAUGCAUGCUUCGGGGUGAGGGGAUUAAAAAUCCACUGUUGUCCCCCGUGCCUGAAAUAGACCCUCCUUCCUUUCCCUAUUGGCCAGUUCAGAUGCCUUCUUUUCCCCUAAUUCUGUCCUGGGUCUCCGCUUUGUCCCCCCGGCCUUUUGUCUUGUAUAAUAUCUAUCCCUGUACCCGUCAAAUUCCCUAUUUGACUAUAAGCACAUUGAGGGCAGGGGUCACGUCACUGUUCAACUUUGUGUCUAUCCCAGAGACCAGGGCCAUAAUAGGUGAUUAAUAAAUGCACAUUGUAUUGAAUUGAAUUGGACAGCCAGUAACUGCUAAGGAGAACAGGGCAAUGACAAAGGAGACCUUGAACACCAUCUCUUGGGGGAUGUAGGAUAGGAGAGGGAUUGAGAAAGGAAAUGAAAAGAAGAAAAUUGAAAAAUCCUUUGUAAAUGCUGUGUUUCCUCAUCUGUGUACGCAUCACAUCCCCCAGUAGAGUGGAAGCUCCCUGUGGGCAGGAGCUGUUUACUUGUUGUCUGUGUAUCCUCAGUGCCAAGCACAGUGUCUGGCAUGCAGAAGGCACUUAAUAAAUGCUUGUUGGACUUCAUUUUUGGAUUUCUCCAUCCUUCCCCCCCAGUAGUGCCUUUCACAUAAUAAAUACUUGGGUUUUUAUUGUAUGAAAUUGAAUUAGGAAACCAAAAACUCCUAGGAAGAGUGAGGGGGAGGGAAAAAAGGCUUUUGUUCAUUCUUUUGUUCUUUGUACAUAUGUAUUUAUAGUGUAUGUGUUUUGUUUGCUCAUCUGUUUAUGCUUCAAUUUCAAUGUGCAUUGAAUGAAAACUCCUUGAGGGCCAGAGAUGAGUCAGUUUUGCUUUUGUGACACCCUUGCCUAUCAUAGUGACAGUUGCUAAAUGAUUAUUGGAUUGGAUUGAAGAAGAAAAGACUCCAGUUAAACAAGCUUCAGUGCAUGUGAUUUCUGCGGGUCUCUCGGCCAUCAGUAGAAGUCAUCAGAGAUAUAUUAAGCACCUACUAUGCGCCAGACACUAUGCUAGGCACUGGUGAUGGAAAGAAUGAAAGAAUCCCUAUUAUGUGUUCAUCAUAUUCAGGGCAGACACACACAGAGAGACUAAUCCUCCAUCUAAAGCAAUCUAAAAGUCUCUCCCUGGGAGGGAGACUCUCUUGGGAAGAUGGGAAGGAGAGGGAAUCUUUUGGUGAAGGCAGAGUUAAACCCUAGAGGCUGCACUCCAGGAAAUGAAAAUAAAAAUGAAAAUUGAGAAGGAAGGAGGGCUCUGGCUCUGAAUCCACAAGGAGGACUCAGCCAGGAUAGACUGUCUGAUUGCAGCAUCAGGGAGGAUGCCAGUGUAGCUGCCUCUCAGGGGCACAGCUCCCCCUGGACCAUGGCCGUGACCCUGCCCCCUCCCCAUCCAGUCUUCCUUAACAGUCACCCAGAGAUCUGGCAGGACAAGGACCCAGAGACUAUUACAGUCUGGACCACUGGGAGGCAGCCAGCAUCUUCUUCUGGAAGGUCUAUCCAGGGGCACGGCUCCUGAGAUGAGGAGCAAUAGUGGGAGCAAUUCCUGGAAAACACCAUUAGGGCAGGGGCCGCU